AACAGAUUAAUAAAUGUCGACAACAAUAAAAUUGUCACCAUGCUACAAUUUAUUUAUCUAUCUUGUCAUAUUUUUUUAUUUACAAUUGGCUAACACUUAUCUGUAUUAUCCAUAUGAUUACGGAAACUAUAACGAUUAUGAAAAGCUGUAUAACAAUAGGCCGUUUGCCGAUAACACUGAUUACAAUAUACGCCGAUACGAGCGGCACCGGUAUCCCGAUGAUCAUUCAUCAUCAAACUACUGGCCACUAGUAAACUAUCAUUACAGUUAUAGACCGGCAAAAAUUGUCAAUUAUUUAACAAACAAUAAUAAAAAUAAUAAUAAUGAAAAAUCAAUGCCAAUGUUGUCCACUGAUUUUGAUGAUAGUGACAGUGAAAAUGUUGACAAAAUUGGUAGUAACAACAGCCACGACAACACUGAUGAUAGUGAUGGCAGUGGUGAUGGUUUAGGGCGGGAACUGUACGACAAAACAUGCGGUUAUCCGUCAACUAAUUCAGUUCGUAUUAUUGGCGGACGAAACGCACCCGAAGGUCUUUAUCCGUGGCUGGUCGUCAUAUUGAUGGACGGGGAGCCACAAUGUGGCGGUACUAUUAUUAAUCAGUAUUGGAUAUUAACGGCCGCACAUUGUUUUAAAGGAAAACUAACCUACGAUCAAUAUACCUGGUCGAUUAGGGUGGGCACCAAUGACAGAAAUAGAGGAAAAACAUAUAAAAUUAAAAAAGUGCGAAUACACGAACGUUUCAAUUUGAAUUCAAUGUUAAACUCGGACAUAGCACUGAUGAAAACCUACAGUCCCAUUGAGUUUAGUAAUCAAGUCAAACCAACCUGUCUGCCUAACAAUACGUAUGCCGAGCCGCGUACCGAAAAGAUUGUAGUGGCCGGUUGGGGUGUCAAACAAUUUGACGCCGAAGAAAUGGAACAGUAUCUAAAGGAUGUUAGCCUUACGUUGAUUACCGAUAAAGAUUGUGCCAAAAAAUAUCAGCAAAGACGACAAAAAAUAUUUGAAUCCCAAUUCUGUACACUGGCCUACAAAAAGGAUACCUGUCUGGGUGACUCUGGUAGUCCAGCAUUUGAAAAGUAUGGUAACCGAUUUUUUAUGGUAGGAAUUGUUUCAUAUGGUGCUAAAUGUGCCGAUGAUUUUCCCGGUGUCUACACUCAAGUAUCAUAUUUUCUCAAAUGGAUUAUAAAUACAAUGAAAUGUAUCAAAGUUUUUUUUUGUUGA